UCUUUUUCCACGGAUCGCGCGACCCAUGCUAUAUGUCUAUGGCUAAAAACCGAUUUCAACGGCUCGUGAAAAGGCACCUUUAGUAUGAUGAAUAAACAAGCAUUUUACGUGUAAUAUAAUUUUAUUCUCCUUUUUCAAGUAAUAUUUUUCGAUCGGUCUUUUUCGAGAUAUGGCUUGGUUGUCCGGUCUUGCAGAUAAGGCAGAGAAUUUAUUAAAUAAAAUCGACAAGAACACCGCGGCUGUCUUAAAUAAAGAUAAAUAUGAGAUGCCACAUAAUAACUUAACAGAUGUUGCAUGGCUUUCUCCAGAACUUGGAAAGAAUGGAAAUUCAUCGAAAAGACUCGUAUUGGAAUCAUCAAAUUAUAUCCCUUAUAUUACUCCUACGUCAAAGUUAAUAUCAAUGAAUCUGUUAAAUGCAUCUAAGGAGGAUGCACUAUUUACAUAUUUGAAUACUCCAGAUCCAAGUCCAAAGAGGAUAGCACCGUCCUUUCAAUUGCCAUCAACUGCAUCAUCAUUAGUAGAACAUUCUACUAACGAUACAGAUUCAGAAGUAUCAACUUAUAGCGAUCAAAUUAGUCCACCUCCAACUUAUAUUUCAUUAGAGAUGGUUCCAAAUGCUUUAAACGAUAAAAAUGCUGAAACAGAUGCAGAAAAUGGGACUUUAUACCUACCUGAUAAAACGCAGAUCUUAAAUUGUGAAUAUUUAAGUAAAUCUACAUCAGAUACUAUACAAAGUGAACACAAUAAAAUGGAAGAACAUUCCAAUAUUUCCUAUCUCCAAUUCAAUAAUAAAGUAGAGUCAAAUAAUUCAAAGGCAGAUAUAGUAGACAAUUUCACUGAUCCAGUAGAAAAUAAAUCUGUGGAAAAAUAUAUAAAGGAAAUGGAAAGAAAUUUGGAGAAACAAAGCGAGCUACUUGGCAAGCAAGAAACGGAUCAUCAGAAAGAAAUUAUAAUUUUAAAUGAAAAGUUAAAAUCUUUGGAAAUAGAAAAGGUUCAGCAAUCAAAGCAAAUAAUGGAUUUGCAAUUUGUUAUUGACAGAAAUAGACAAGAAUUAAAUUUAGUUAGAUCUGAACUGGAACAGCAUAAGGCUAGAGCUUUAAAAACUUUACAAGAAAAGGAAAAACUGAUAACUGAAUUAAAGAGUAAUACACCAACAGCUAUGGAUGAAGUCACCAUCAUGGAAUUAAAUCAAUUAAAGCAGGAAUGUGAAAGUGUUCGAGAAGAAAAUCAACAAUUGAGUCAACAAAUAAAAACGUUGCACGAGGAAUUGAGAAAUGCAGAUAUAAACUUAGAAAAAAUAAAACAAAAGUCAAUGGAAACAAACUUAAAAAAUCAAGAAAUUCUUACUAGUGAAAGACAUCGCAGAUUAGAAGCAGAAGAAGAUGCAAGAAAACAUUGUGAAGAAAUACGAUCUUUAAAAGAUGAAAUAAUUAAUCAAAAUAAUGGAUUCAGUUUACAAUUACAAAAACAGAAUUCAGAGAUUUCUAAACUUAAAUUACAACUGUCUACAUUAGCAAUGCCAAAUAAUGAAAUGGAUUCGAGAAUAACAUCUCUUACACAAACUCUGGUUAUAAAGCAACAAGCAUUAGAAUGCUUAACUACAGAAAGAAAUGCAUUACGUCUCCAACUUGAAAAAAUUGAACAUGAAUAUAGAAAUGCUGCAGGCAAUUUACGAAGAAAUAUAUCAUACAAUAAUAUGAACGAUACGGAUGAUGCAAAAGCUCAAGUUCCCACAUUUCUUAUGGAAACACCAUUUGAUACCAGCGUUACCAGAAGAGUAAAGAGAGCUUAUUCUUCAUUGGAUGCUAUAAGCAUUCGAACAGGAGUUUUUUUAAGAAGAUAUCCACUAGCUCGAAUUUUAGUAUUGAUUUAUAUGGGAUUGCUCCAAUUGUGGGUUUUGAUAGUACUCUUAUCUCAAUCACCAGAAGCACAUUAAUAGCAAUUAGAAACUAGAAAAAUAACAGAUUUUUAAAAAUUUAAUUUUGUUGAUAUUUGAGUAGUAAGAUUUGCAAAACAUAGAUUAAAUUUCUUGUACACUUUA